AUGAGCCACGGCCUCACAACGCGCGGCAGUAUCGCAGCCAAGUCAGACGAUGGCAUGCUUCUCUGGAAGAUCAUUCAGGACCUUUUGGACCCGGGAACGAACACUGGAGGCUAUACGUGGUUUUCGCCGGAGAUGAUCGUCGAGUUGAUGCGGUUAUGCCAAAAGUACAAUAUGCACCUCAUCAGUGACGAGAUAUACGCGCUAUUCGUCUGGAAUUCUACAAUCGAUACGCAGCCAGCACCGGCAAAUGCGGCGUUCUUUCUAUGGGUUGAUCUUGGUAAGGCCUAUCGUGAACAGUAUCCAGGCAUAGAAGUUCGAGACAUCAGCACGGGGGUCAUGCGCGCGUUGCUGGACAAGAACGUGUUCUUGGCAUCUGGAAAGCAGUUUCGCUCCGAGCAGCCGAGAUGGUUUAGGAUCGUUUUUUUCAACAAGAAGGAGCUUUUGUUGGAAGGUCUCGAAGGGGUUGCUGCUGCGUUAGAUGUGUAA